AUGUCACUGAACCUCAGGGAGAUCACGAGGAACAUCGAGUGGACCCUUCAUCCGGGAGGUAUCGUACUCACCAACAAGAACCUGUACGGAUGCCAAUUCUUGGAGAACGAGAGAUUUCGAGGGAGCCAUGAGCGCGACAUUGUCGAUGACAACACCGCUAGCAUGUUGCACAGCGCUUUCUUCUUCAAACCCGAGAUCAUCCGGCGAAUUUUCCGACGCGAUCAAACGAGAAUCGGCGAGUCCCUCCCGAGCUUUCCGACAUCCCUUCGGAUGGACCUCGACGCGGGCUUCGUCUGUCGGAUGAAUAACGAGAUGAUUGUACGCGAUAGGAACUCAUUGUUCAAUUACAGUCUCGAGCGAAUGAUGGGAAACGAUCGAAACGGUCGCGAUUUAAUGCUUCCCAACGUUAAUGGCGAUACUGAAGGCGAUAUUGAAUAUGGCUACGACCUAUGUAUAAUAUUCAUUGAUCAAGAGCAGACACCAAGCGAGGAAACUGUGAUAGAGGAUUCGGCUGUUGAAUCUCAGGAAGACGCACACUCCACUAUUGAAAAUCCAACGACGAAUAUUAUAUUUGACGGAAAUUACAAUCGCAUAGAUAACGCGAUCAAUAAUAAUAUGCCAAUUCAAUCGAUUAGCGAUGAAUUAAAAAACUUUGAAAUGUCGGAAAGAAGUAUACCCAAUGAUGAAGAAAAUAAUAACGUCGAUCGUGAUAAAAGUUUGUCGCAUAUAAAUGCGGAUAAUGUAAUCUAUGAAAUUGAACCAAUUUUAGAUUCAAAUGAUAAUUGUUCAGAUAAUGUAAAUGUUACAACAUAUGUUAAUUCGGUAGAAAAAUUAAAUAUUUUGAAAGAUAAAGAUGAAAUUUGCGAGAAUAAUUUAGCCUUCAAAAGUAAUGCUGACAAUGCCACAUCGCAAUUAUUAGAUAACAACGACAGCAAUAAUAAUGGACAAUUAGAUUCGUUUAAUUUUUCGACAUUAUCUUUAUCCGAUCCAUCGUCCGAUCCACUUAUCGAGUCAGAUAAUUGUCAUACAUUAAGAUUAAAUGAUGAAGAGCUUCAAAAAGUGACACAAUCUUCAGAUAGUGAAGUUACAUUGAAAGAACAAAAAAACAAAUCAAUAUUAGAUUCAAAAAUUACGAAUUACGAUACAAUUUCUCAAUUUCAAGAUGUUGAAACUUUAAGAUUAGAAACCACAAUGCAAGACGUAAAGAGUAAAACUGAAGAUAGAAAUGUUUAUGAGGAGGCAGAUGUAAUUUUGCCGGAAAAAGUAUUCAAGAUGCAUUCAGACGAUAAACUUGAGCGAGAUGAUAGUUUUUAUUUCACGUAUAAGAAAGAUGAUGAUCUAGGAACGCCGAUUUCAUUAGAGGAAGGCAGUUUGAUGGAGGAAUUUUUAAGUGAUUCCGAAUCUCUGGGUACGCCUUCCAAUCUUUAUUGUGCACAUUCUCAAGUAUAA